UGAUUUGAACUGUGUAAAAACAUUGGGAUUUGUUGCAUUUUUAAUAUUUAUUUCUUCAAAUAUGCAUUUUUAAUAUCAUAGAUAGUAAGGUUAAUUAGUGUUAAUUGUAUGUUGCAUAUAAAUUCAGUGCCUGAGACGUAAUUCUUGUACAAAAUGAAUAACAUAAGUUUGCCAGAAGAUUGUGCGAAACAGUGGGAAAUUCUUUUGUUAUUGCUUUCUGCAGAAGAGAAGAAGAUUGACAGAACCAGUGAUAAUGAAGUCGACACCAUGAAUUACUUCUAUAAAAAUGAGGGAGUAAGAAAAAUUCUACUACAGUGGCUACAUCAAAUGCAAAUGUCGUAUGCGAAGAAGAUGUCCGAAUCAGACACAGCUUUGAAGUGUGACGAAGUAUCGUUACUUUGGAGGCAACGAGGGAAUGACAAGUUCCGUGCGGACUGCUAUCAGGAGAGCUAUAGGUGUUACUCGAAAAGUGUGCUCUAUGCGCAUCAAAAUAAAGCAAUGUAUCCCUUAGCGCUAGCAAAUAGAUCAGCUUCAUUAUUGAAGAUGAAAAAGUUUAAGGACUGUCUAGCGGACGUAGCGCUAGCCCUGGACAGCGGGUACCCCAAGGAGUUACGGCACAAGCUGCUGCUGCGACGCGCCGACUGUCACAUCGAAUUGAACCAGUGCAAGGAGGCGCGCGUUGCCAUCGCCGCCGCCACGGACCACGCCGCCACGCUCAAUCUGUCUUCAGUACACGCAGCGGAGUUCGAGCGGCACAUCAAGAAGUUAGAGGAGAAAUUGGACGUGACCCGCGACGUGCAGGCGGAGGAAGCGGUCGUGCUGCCCGAGUGCCACCAUGGACUGAACCCUGACUUCACUGCCGCAUCCAAUGCCAUACAGCUACGCCGAAACGACACGGUGGGAAGGCACGUGGUGACUCGCGAGGCGACCAGGCGUGGUGACGUGCUGUUCAGCGAAGAGCCGUAUGCGUGGGUCGCGUUACCAGCUCAGCGGCCAGUCUGCGAGGCGUGCUGCCGGAUCGAUAUCAACACCGUGCCUUGUGGCGGGUGUUCGCGCAGCGUGUACUGCGGGGUCGAGUGCCGGACGCGCGCCGUGGGCUUCCACCGGUGGGAGUGUGUGGGUGCCCAGGCCGAACUCUUCAAGACCAUCGGCAUAGCGCACCUAGCUUUAAGGGUGUUAUUAAUCACCGCCAACGAAGGCUUCCCGCCCGUCCCGAGAACGGAACCCGCGCCGUCCACCGCAAGUGAACUGUUCCGCAGUUAUUCGCGGGUCGACAACAUACACAUAUACAAGAGCGGCACGCACCCCUUCUACAGGAUGUUCAAUUUGGUGACCAAUUUCGAGAAAAUGAACAACACAGACUAUAUACAGUAUGCGCUGACAGCGACAAUGCUGACUCUAUACCUGGAGAAGUACACAACGUUCUUCGAGUACCUGCCGUCGCGGGUGCCAUACGGCCUGCCGGACGGGCAGCUACAGUUGUUGGCGGCCGCCAUUAUACUGCGCAGCCUCGGGCAGCUGGUGUGCAACGGACACGCGGCGCUCAGCCUGGCCACUGUCGAAGAAGAGGACGAUUCUAAUGGUUGCACGGUGAGUGAGCGCGAGGUGCGGCGCGCGACCGCCAUAUACCCGUCCGCUGCCAUGAUGAACCACUCCUGCGACCCCAACAUCAUCAACACGUUCUACAACAGCCGGCUAAUAAUCCGGUGUAGCCGUGAACUGCCUGCCGGCAGCGAGGUCCUGAACUGCUACGGGCCUCAUAGAGCCCGCGAACCAACCGCACACCGCCGCGCACAGUUACGUGCCCAGUACAUGUUUAGUUGCACAUGCACCGCCUGCAUCGACACCGAACGGAGAGACUUCGUUCUGCUGUUCACCGCGUACGCGUGCCAGUCCUGCAAGGGUCCAGUGGUGUGGAGCGGUCGCCGUGCUCAUUGCCAGCAAUGCAACGCUGAGUUCCACCUCGAGCGGGCGCUGGCUGCUAUCGAGCAUGCUGACGAGCUACUGGCGCAAGCGGAACGGUGCACGAGCGUGGAACAGCGCUGCGAGCGGACGCAGGCUGCGUUCAAGCUGAAGCAGCAGGUGUGGCAUCGCCACCACGUGUCGCUGCGGGCCGCCGCCGACACCCUCGCCAGGCUGUACGCGGACACCGGGGAAUUCAGUAAAAGCGUGGAGUUAAUAAAACACAAUAUACAAAGUCUGGAGUAUCAAUUCGGCUCGUUCAGUGUGGAGGUGGCGCACGAGUUGAGGAAACUGUCAGAAGUGAUGCUGGAAAGGAUCGUGCGAUCGCCACAGAAUCCAGACUACAGAGACUGGUGUUUAGAAGCCCACAAAAUAAUGAAGAAGGCCGUACAACUAAUGGAGCUGAACUACGGCUCCUGGGAGCCCCUGGUGAAGAGACUGAAGGAACAAGAGAGCCUGACGGCCGCCCUGUUGGCUGACAUCAGAACGCCAGACGCUGCACAGGGAGUACACCACGACCUGCAUUAUAAUCUCAAAAUAUAGUUGUACAAUAAACAAUCACUUGUAUGAAACUCUUCUGGUAAAAAAAAAUACUGGCAUAUAAACUCAGAUAAAGACACUCUAUCUAUGUACAUUUAUAUUGCAGAGCCGCGUCUGAAAUUUGAAUAUGGAAUUAAAGAUUCGCGCCAAUACAUUCACAAUUAAAAAGUGAGACGGUGUGUUCCAUUUUCGAAUAAAAUAUUUGGAACACACCACCUUAUGAAAUCACUGCCAAUUUUUACUCCAUGCAUUAUAAUAAUUAUAUUAAUCAAUUCAAUAAUUCAAUUAAAUGUAUAAAAUACACAACAUAUUGCAAUAAUGUUCGUAAUCGAGAAAUCGGCCAUCUUUAUGUUUGAUAUUUGUCAAACGUAUACGUGAAAUAAUGAUAUAAACACUUUUCUAAAUUGUCACUGUAAAUAUUAAGGGAACGCCUUUGGGAUAGUUAAGAAAGCCGUCUAGGCACACGUAGGACUGUCGUCAAAGCAAUCUGUAGGUAAUGAAGUUUCAUUCUAUUAUUUCACGUGAACGCGCAUCGCUACGAGUAUUUCUUAAUAAAGUGAUCACACCACGGUCAAUUUUGAUAUUAUUACAUACUUGCAAAAUAUUUUUUAUAUCAGCUUGUAUAGAAUACGCUUCGUAUGCUAAUGAAAUGCAACGUCUGUGACGUCACAUCGUGCAUUGCAUUGUGCAAGCUACUUGCAUUAAGAGGGCUUAUCACCAUAAGACUGGCAAAUUCUUUAUUUGUCAUUAUUUGCACAAUUUUCAUAUAUAUAUA